AUGCCCCUUAUCAGAACACUGACUGAUUCGGCAGUUUCCAUUUCCUUUUCUUGCCAUCCGCAACUCACAGAAGCCAGCUCUCAGAAACGGAAUCACGAGUAUGGAGGGGGUUCCCCUAAGAAAAUCAUUCAGGUCUCCACUGCUGCCCUUGCUGUCCUCCUCUGCACCGUGGCUCUCUGCAACCAGGUCUUCUCUGUACCACUUGCUGCCGACACGCCGACCGCCUGCUGCUUCAGCUACAUCUCCCGGCAGAUUCCACAGAAUUUCAUAGCUGACUACUUUGAGACCAGCAGCCAGUGCUCCAAGCCCAGUGUCAUCUUCCUAACCAAGAGAGGCCGGCAGGUCCAUGCUGACCCCAGUGAGGAGUGGGUCCAGAAAUACAUCAGCGACCUGGAGCUGAGUGCCUGA